UCUCAAACCGGACAUAAUGCUUGGUAGCUUAGUAAACAUUCACGACAGCAUUAUAAAUUUAAUUCCAUCGAUUGGGUCGCGCAUGCGUUCCGGACUGCACUGCCACUCAUCCAAUGGAGUGAAAGAAGCCCCAUACCUGGUGAUGGAUGAUCUGGAGGUGAAACUCCUGUCCACAGUUUCUCUAUUAACGCUGUUUAACGAGUUUCAUGUCAAAGACGGGGAUCUUGAGGAGAAAGUAGUCGAGAUGGGCAGGGAUGAGGGUUUGAAGCUGCUCAAGGUUUCUCUGCUGUCGAAAGAUUUGACUCAAGUUUUCCUGCCGACGGUGAAAGAGGAAGUUUAGAUGAAGUACUGCUAA